AACGCUGAGGAAAUAUUGGGGAUGUGCUGGCAAGAGUGGUCGAGCAUCAUUAACACUACCUGUCAUCUGGGGUUCCUGUCACGCUGCAUCCUGAUCUGAGCUGCCGAGCACCAUGUCCGUCCAACAACUUCAGCUGAGAAUAAAGGAAUUAGAGGAGGAACUGAAGCAAGCAAGACAUGGAGUUGCGGCUCCGCGGGAAAAGAUCGCCCAGAUGUCUGGCGAGGUGGUGGACACUAAUCCAUACAGUCGGUUAAUGGCUUUAAAGCGUAUGGGCAUUGUAGAGGACUACGAGAAGAUUAGAAGUCACACCGUGGCUGUGGUGGGCGUGGGGGGUGUUGGCAGUGUGACAGCCGAAAUGCUCACUAGGUGUGGUAUUGGAAAGCUUUUGCUGUUUGACUACGAUAAAGUGGAAUUGGCGAACAUGAAUCGCCUCUUUUUCCAGCCACAUCAAGCUGGGUUGAGCAAAGUGGAAGCAGCAGCCAACACUCUUCACUUUAUCAAUCCUGAUGUUACUUUUGAAUCUCACAAUUAUAAUAUUACUACUGUUGACAAUUUUGAUCACUUCAUGGAUAGAAUAAAGACUGGUGGCAUAACAGGGGGUCCAGUAGAUCUUGUUUUAAGUUGUGUUGACAACUAUGAGGCUAGGAUGGCUGUUAACCGUGCCUGCAAUGAGCUAGGCCAGACCUGGUUUGAGUCUGGGGUUGCUGAGAAUGCUGUUUCUGGACACAUACAGUUCCUCAUUCCAGGAGAGACUGCAUGCUUUGAUUGUGCACCUCCUCUGGUUGUUGCCAGCCAAAUUGAUGAACGCACUCUGAAGCGAGAAGGGGUGUGUGCAGCUUCCUUGCCUACAACCAUGGGGAUUGUUGCAGGCUUGUUAGUGCAGAAUGUUCUUAAGUUCCUUCUUAAUUUUGGAGAAGUCUCUUAUUACCUGGGUUACAAUGCACUGGUGGACUUCUUCCCUGCUAUGACAGUCAAGCCAAACCCACAAUGUGAAGACACAUGGUGUCGGAAAAAGCAAGCAGAAUUUGCCGCAAAGAAAGCUUCUGAGCCUAAAUUAGAGAAGCAGGAAGUGAAAGAGGAAGAAGUGAUCCAUGAAGAUAAUGAGUGGGGUAUCUGUUUGGUUGAUGAUGCAACACCAGAUGAUGCUGUAAGUUCAGCAUCAACACAGAUGCCUUUUCUGGCACAAGGUAUCACUUUGGCAUAUGAGAGACCUGCCCCAGCUGCUAAUGAGGUUGAAAGCAAAGUAACAGAUACUGAUGACACAAGCCUUGAUGAUCUUAUGGCACAAAUGAAAGCUCUCUAAAUUAGUUAAUAAAUAGGCAGUGGUUAUGAUUUUAGGUUGUAAAUUAAACAAUUUUGAUAAGUGGCUUUCAGCAAGAAUUUUUUCUUCUGAAUAUUAUAUUUAAAUCAAAUUAUUUUUUUAUGAAACUUCAUUGAUAUAUUGAGUUAAUGCAAAAUGUGACAAUAUACAUGGUUCAGUAUUUAGGAAUACAAUUUCAGUACAGUAUUUAGAAAUUAAAACUUAAUAGAAAAAAUCUGUUGGCUUGUACUGCAAAAUCUGAAAAGAACUGCAGACUUGUAUAAUUUUUUCAGGAACUAAUAUAAAAGGAAAAAUUCUCUCAUGUGUUAAAUGAGAAAAAACAACUCCAGUGCAAUUGCUUCAAUAGGUAGAUUUUAUGCUGGACUCAACUCUCACGAAUCUGAAAUCUCUUGCCAACAACAUUAGCUAUUUUCCUGCUGUUGAUGAUCUUGGCUGCUACUAAUUAUUUUAUGGCCAUAAUUAUGUCUUAGUUAUAGAACAUACUUUUGCAUAUAACUGUACAAUACGUGUAGUUUUAUAUAUCACAUAAUUGGAAAAGGCAUAUUCUUAAAUAUUUUUUGGUCUUUGUUUAAUGGUAACUUGUUUCCAAAGCAAAACACCGCUUUGCAGGUUUUGGUUUUUCUUCAAUAAUUGUAAGAGUGUUCUCAACUGACAGAGAUCAUGUCAGCUGCAUCUUGAGAUUUGCAAAAGCACUUUCUGUUCAGUCACUCUGUACAUUACAUUGUACAUUACAAUGAAAUUUUGUUCCUGAAAAGUAAAUGAAUGAUGAUACUCCUGAUGAAUAUUGUUUCCUGUAUGAAUGGUCUUAAGUAUAUUAAAUUAUAGUUCAGAAAGCCAUAUAUGUAAAUAAUAGUUAUUUAUUUGUUUAUUAGCGUAUUACUGGAAAUGAUUUCACUUGAUUCUCAGAAAUAUUGGAAACGUGUAAUCUAGGCUUGUCUGUUUUGGGUAUUAUAACAUUCCAGCUGCUUAGUUCUUCGGUGAUUUUGCACUGUCCCUUUACUGAUGCAUGCUGUGAUGACUUGAUCCAUUCUCUAUAAUACAACUCACAUAUACAGUAUGUUUUUCUUUUUUCUUUAGGUGAUACUGUAGACUAUAGUAUUUUUUAUUGCAUAAAUUAUAGUACAGUACUGUAUUGCUAAGUUUACCAUUGUUGAUCACCCUCAUAUCUUUAUGACUGGUAACUAAGUUUAUUAAAAUAGUCUUAAGAUUUUUUUCAGUAAUUGGUUAAACUAUUAAUUAUAAUUUUAUUUAGCAUAUUUUUACCUUUUUAUAUUAGAAAGUAUUUGUAUUUAAGAUAUUGUAAUGUUUUAUAUUUGGACACUAAACAUAUAUUGUACAGUAAUGCUGUAGUGUCAUAUACAGUACUGUACUGUAUUUCAGAUUGUAAUUAAGACCAAUUCAUAGACAGUUGCUGCACUUUGCAGUACUGUAUUAAAUUAUAUUUAUACAAUAUUCCAA